GAGAUAAGAACAAAAUAGAGAAACAAUCCGGAGCUUCGUCACUACACUGACCAGCACUAUAUAUAUAUAUAUCAAGAAAUAGGUCAUCGAUUUAGAAAGGCAUUGGAGGAGCUAGUGUGGCUUAGUCGCUAAAUUUGUUACGAUAAAGAAAUUAAUUCAGCAACAAAUAUAAUGGGUUCUCUUAUGGCAGGAUGGGACUCUCUGAUCUUGGAUCCUGAAUCAGCUACAAUAGAGAGGAAUCGAUCACUCACCAAAGAAGAAAUUAAUGCUUACUGGAGAGUAAAGAAGGAGACAGAGUUAGAACACCUCAGAGCUAUGUCCAAACUAUCUGAGACUAUUCAGGCCCGAAAAUUUGAGGAUUCAGAGAAUUCUCAUAAGUCAAGUACCGUGACCUUGGCCAGCAUAAAGGAGUCCUUAGGCAUGGACGUUGACCAGAAAAGUUUAGAGCAACUUAUCAAGAAAAAUGGCUGGUGGACCAAAAGCAGCUGGGCAUUUCUGAAUGAACCGCCAGUGAUAGAAGCGGCUUCCAAUAAGUAUGCAUCACAGUUUCACGUGGCCAACUUGGGGUCUACGAAACUUAACCCCGGAGAUGGAAUUAAUGCUUGAUAUGAGUUUUUUUCACGUUAUAUAUCAUAUCCACGACUAUAGUUUCGUAUCUAUAUGUGUAAUGGCUUCUAUUUUGUCACUUACAAUUCUGCAUAAGAACUCUGUAUUUCUGGUUUGUUUGAAAAGGGAUGCAAAAAUCCCAACAGAUUUUAAAGAGAGAAUAUUGAACUGAUUUGACUUUGUGGUUAAGGAAAGCGUGCAGUACCUUUUA